AUGGCUACAAAACUGAGUUAUCCUUUAGAAGUUGAUGACUCCCUCGAGAACACCCUCAAUUAUCGGCAUGCCGCAUUUGACGAAGAUAAUGAUGGAUUAUUACCCGUAUCCAACCAAGACAUCAAACUAAAACCACUAGCUACGGAAAACAAGCCACUAAGACAAUCCCAAUCGUUAGCCCGCCGCGAUAGGAAAGCGUUUGCCAUACUUGUCUUGUUGUACUUGUUACAAGGGGUACCGGUUGGUCUAGCUUUUGGAUCAAUACCAUUUAUUUUGAAAAGCAAAUUGACAUAUUCGGAAGUGGGGAUCUUUUCACUUGCAGCGUACCCCUACUCAUUAAAGUUGCUAUGGUCUCCCUUUGUUGAUUCAAUGUAUUCGAGAAAAUUUGGAAGAAGAAAAUCUUGGAUCGUGCCGAUUCAAACAGUGUCAGCAUUCAUUCUCAUGUAUUUGGGAUACAUUAUCGAUGCGUUGGUUGAUUCACCAAAACAGCAUUUAAAUACCAUUACGUUUUACUUUUUUAUUUUAGUUUUGUGUUGUGCUACCCAGGAUAUUGCUGUUGAUGGAUGGGCGCUAACGUGUCUAUCACCAGAGAGUUUGUCAUAUGCAUCAACGGCUCAAACAAUUGGAAUCAACUGUGGGUAUUUUUCGAGUUUCACGAUUUUCUUAGCUUUAAGCUCACCCGAGUUUGCCAAUCGAUACUUGCGGAAAAUCCCACGAAGCGAAGGGUUGUUUACUUUGGGUCUGUAUUUGACAUUUUGGGGGUGGAUGUACUUGAUAGUGACUGGUUUAGUAGUGCUUGUUCCUGAAGAUCCGCCUCACUUGGUUGAUAUAAACAAGGAUCGAAUGGCAAAGGAAAAAGGGGUACACAAUACUAACAAAUGGUUGCAACUACGUCAAGUGUUUGAGUCAAUGUACGAAGUGCUCAAAUUACCAAAUGUACAGACAUUUGUCGUCAUAUUGUUACUCGCAAAAUUGGGAUUCCAAGCAAAUGAAGCUGGCACAAAUUUGAAAUUGUUGGAGAAGGGGCUUUCAAAGGAGGAUUUAUCAAUCACUGUUCUUAUCGACUUCCCAUUCGAAAUGAUUUUCGGUUAUUAUGCCGGAAGAUGGUCAACGGGCAAAGCACCAUUGAAGCCGUGGCUUUGGGGAUUUAUUGGGAGGUUAGUAGCUGCAUCGUUGGCACAAUUGAUUGUUUACUUUUUCCCGCUGAAUGGUCAGGUUCUGAAAACCUAUUUUUUGAUGAUUAUCUUGCAACAUUUGCUUGGGUCAUUUAUGUCAACGAUACAGUUUGUGUCCCUUUGUGCAUUCCAUACCAAGAUUGCCGACCCGGCUAUCGGUGGAACUUAUAUGACUACCCUCAAUACGUUAUCCAACUAUGGUGGUACUUGGCCUCGAAUUUUUAUUUAUUUCCUUAUUGACAAAAUCACUUAUGCCAAAUGCAACCUUAGUGGAGGUCAACAUAUAAUGAUAAAGUCGGAGGAGGAAAGAGAGCAAUGCAAAUACGCUAAAGGUGAGCUUGUCAUGAUUCGUGAUGGGUAUCUCUAUACCAAUGCAUUAUGUAUAACGUUGGGAAUACUUAUCUUGCUAUGGGUUAAGAAGAAAGCCACGUAUUUGCAAAGCUUGCCCAGCAGUGCAUGGAGAGUAAAGAAGGACUAG